AUGGCAACUAGCAAGAAAGGCCUAUGUAAACCGAAACCCACGUACACAACAGCCAGUUGUGGAUUAUGUCCAAAGUUGGACACAGAUGAUAUGGUGGCUUGCGACAAGUGCGAUAUAUGGUUCCACUUUGAAUGUGUCGGUGUCACACAAGAGAUCCAGAAUGAAGAAUGGCUGUGCAAACAAUGCCAAAAGGAAGCCGUUAAGCUGGCAGAUAUUGUGAGCAGUCGUGGUCUACGAAAGUCGCUCCCACCAUCAACUGCAUGGUCAUCUACGACUUCCAUGUCUUCCAAGCAAAAACGUAUUGCGUUGAUGAGAUUAGAGGAAGAACAAGCGUUAAAAAUGGAGUACAUCAACCGUAAAUACCAAAUUAUGGGCUGUGAUGAUGGCAGUUCCGACGACGAGCCCAAUAGUGUGUGUUCGCUAAAUACUACGUCAGUGUUUCGAAAAGAAAAUCAACCAGAUAAUGUCCAUCCGUCGGUCAGUGAUGAAGAACGUGAACAGUGGAAUCAGAUGCAUUUCAACGAGUCUCAAAGAGUCGUAAAUUCGACUGCUCAAUGGAAUAAGGCGAACAAAACGUUUAGUGUGAAGUCAUCAAGCAUUGGUUCGCGACGAAGUGUGCAAAAACCGCAAAUGAACCAUAAGAAAAUUCCACCAUUGGAACCACAGUACUUGCCGGAGCACACACAUCAGAAAUAUCGAGUAACAUAUAAUCGACAAGCAAACCCUACCGUUGGUCAGACAAAAAGUGUGCAACCACCACCAACGAUAAAGUAUUCGGUGAACGAUAAUAUGGUGCCAAAACCUAACUGCAGUGAGUUCAAUCCUGAGCUCUAUCCGACACAAAUUCAACAUCCAAGAAAUUUACAUUCCGAUUAUGGUGUCAACUUCAAUCAACCGCACUUUCCGAAUGUUCACCAAUUGGAGCCGUUACAACAGAAUGUUUUGGACGAUCGUCAAAUACAGUCGAACGACGUGCCCACUGUUCGUAGAAAUACUUCAGGAUAUGUGGGGUAUAAUGGAACGUUAACACAAGGCCAUAUCGCAUCACGUCACGUAUUCUCAAAGGACCUCCCGCAAUAUUGGGGCAAGCCUGAGUCGUGGCCAAUGUUUCUCAGCGCUUUGAUAACUUCAACUAAUGCAUGCGGAUUUUCGGAUGCUGAAAAUUUGGGCCGACUUCAGAGAUGUCUGAAAGGAGACGCGCUAGACUUGGUGGAAAACCACUUACUGCAUGCUUCGUCAGUUCCAGGUGCAGUAGAGACUCUACACACAAUGUUCGGAAGGCCAAGUAUAAUUAUUUACAACCUGUUGGAGAAAAUUGAGAAAGCAUCAGCCCCGAAAGCCGACGAUUUGAAUUCGUUGAUUAAGUUUGGCAUAUUGGUGAAAAAUCUCAGCGCAACAAUUCAAUCAUCUGGAGAUUUGGGACAACUCAGGAAUCCAUAUCUAAUUCAAUCAAUCACGAAUAAGCUUCCGACUCAAAUUGCAUUGAACUGGGGAAGUUUCAUAUAUGGAAAAGAUGUCGAUUUGGCAGUAAUGGGCGAUUGGCUGUAUAACCUGGCCGAAGUAGCUACAGGAGUCAUAAAUCCUUUGUCGCUGAAGAUUAGUGACAAAAAAGAUCGAAAAAACAAAAGUCAGCAGAACGAUUCCAGUCCAUCAACCUACGUCAACGCUCAUUCAGACGAAAGUGAUUCCAAAAAAUUCAAAUGUCGUGGAUGCAAUUCCAAUUCGAAGCAUACGCUCGACAACUGCAAGAAAUUUAAAGAAUUUGCGGUCGAGGAACGAUGGAAUUUCAUCAAAAAACAUAAAUUGUGUGGAUCCUGUUUCGGAUUGCACAAGUUCUACCAGUGUUUGAAAAAGAAGAAAUGUGGAUCAGGUGGCUGCACUCGUGAACAUCACAUUCUCCUUCAUAAUGUGAUUGAAGACUCACCAUCAAAGGCAAUUGUUCCAGCUGGUAACCAAAAUGUCGCUACUACAAAUGCUCACAGGACCGUUUCGUCAUCCAAAUUUCCGGACAUUUUCCGUAUCGUACCAGUGAUUUUAUCGUUCAAAGGAAAAUCCGUUCGAAUUUUCGCUUAUCUCGAUGAUGGGUCAAAUCUAACGUCAUUGGAAGAAAGCGUUGCCAGGAAAUUGGGUACGCUUGGAACCAUAGAACCUCUAUGCGUGAAAUGGUCAUUCGGUAACAGAGAAGUUAUGUCCGAUUCAAGACAAUUGACGGUUACGAUUUGUGGAAUUAACGAAGACGCUGAAGAAUACGUUCUGAAUCACGUUCGCACGGUCAAAAGGUUGAUGUUGCCUUCGCAGUCAAUAACGAAGAAAUGGCUCGCGCAGUAUUCUCAUUUCGACGACAUUCCAAUAUCAACGUACGAAAAUGUGACUCCUCAAAUGAUCAUCGGCCUGGAAUACUCGAAGUUAAUGGUUUCACUUGACACAAGAGAAGGAGAUUGGACGGAACCUUUGGCUUGUAAGACACGAAUCGGAUGGGUGGUCCAAGGACCGAAUAGUGGAGACGCAAAUUAUAACCACACUCAAAAGUUCAGUCUCAACAUGUGCGAAUGCCAGGCCGACAACAAGAGCCUACAUCAAUUGGUCGGUGAUUUCUUUUCAAUCGAAAAUCUCGGCGUAAAAAUCCCGGAAAAAGUUCUGGAAUCGAAAGACGUUGCUCGAGCUAAUCACAUACUGGAAACGACAAUAAAGAAGAAUGGCAAUCAUUAUGAAGUUGGUUUGCUGUGGAAGACGGACGACAUCGAACUACCGAACAGUUAUUUCAUGGCAAAACGUCGUUUGGAAUGUGUUGAAUCCAAAAUGAAAAAGGAUCCGGUUUUGGCCCAAAGGAUGAGAGCAUAUAUACAAGACUUCAUCGAAAAAGGCUACAUUAGGAAGCUGACCGAAAAAGAACGUAAUUUGAAAGGACCACGAACUUGGUAUCUACCGAUAUUUCCAGUGUUCAACCCGAAAAAACCAGAGAAAUUACGAGUUGUGUGGGACGGUGCGGCCAAAGUGGAUGGUGUAUCACUUAAUUCAGUUCUACUUACCGGUCCUGAUUUGUUAGAACCACUACCGGAUGUACUUCGUCGCUUCCGAGAGAAGAAAAUCGCUUACAUUGGUGAUUUAAAGGAAAUGUUCCACCAAAUUGAAGUCGCCGAACCGGAUCAAGAUUCCCAACGAUUUCUGUGGCAUGACGAUCCCGAAAACUUGGAACAAGAUCCAGACGAAUACAUUUUAACGGUCGAUUCAUUUGGUUUGCGAUGUUCACCAUCAACUGCUCAGUUUGUGAAGAAUCGUAAUGCAGAAAAUUUCAAAGACAAAUAUCCAGAUGCCACUAAAGCGAUCGUCAAAGGACAUUACGUGGACGAUAUGUUGGAAAAUUCUCAUACAAUUGCUGAAGCUGCAAAGUUGUUGCAAGACGUUCAAUUCGUACAUAGUCACGCUGGGUUUCAAAUGAGAAAUUUUAUUUCGAACUCGAAAGAACUCCUGCAGCUUGUUAAUGCGAAUACUGAAUGCGGGAACAAGUCAUUGGAAAAGGAUCCGAAAGAAAUCGAAAGAGUUCUGGGAAUGUAUUGGAACACAAAGAAUGACACGUUUACGUACUCUCUGAAGUUUGUUAAAUCGAAUUAUUCUUCGGAAGACUUCAGACCAACCAAAAGAGAAAUUCUCAGAACGGUGAUGUCGAUAUUUGACCCUUUGGGGUUUUUGGCACACUUCGUGGUACACGCGAAGAUAAUACUUCAAGAGAUCUGGCGUACUCGACUUGGAUGGGACGAUGAAAUACCGACAUCAAUGAAGGAACAGUGGAUCGAAUGGUUACAACAAUUACCAAUGGUUGAAGAAACUCACGUUCCACGUCUCUAUUCGAAUCGGAUGUCACCACAACCUGCGAAAUCAAUUCAACUUCAUCUGUUUGUGGACGCUGGCAUGGAAGCUUAUGCAGCUGUAGCAUAUUUUCGUGUGGAAGACGAAAGUGGUGUCGACACUUGUAUCGUUGGAGCAAAAUCCAGAGUGGCUCCAAUCAAGCCAAUGUCUGUUCCAAGAUUGGAAUUGCAAGGUGCUGUUUUGGGUACGCGUUUAGCAGUGAACAUCAUACAAAGUCAUAACGGUCUCACUAUCGACAAAACCGUCAUUUGGUGUGACUCUCGAACAGUGUUGUCCUGGUUACACUCGGACACUCGAAAAUACAGUCAAUUUGUCAUUUUCCGAGUGGCGGAAAUUUUGGAAUUGUCUAACGAUAUGGAAUGGCGUUGGAUACCAUCAUUGGAAAAUGUCGCAGAUGAAGCAACAAAAUCGAAGGACAAGGCAGAUUUACAGUCAUCAGCACGUUGGUUCAUUGGACCAGAAUUCCUUCGCAAUCCCGAUUCUGCCUGGCAGUUUGAGUUGGAAGAACCCCAAUUCGAAACGAAAGAAGAACUGAGGCCAGUGUAUGCGAUGUCGCAUUUGGUUGUUCCGGUCAAUCAGCUCAUUGACUUCAAGAGAUUUUCCAAUUGGUCACGUUUAGUUCGGGCAGUUGCAUACAUUUUACGAUUCGUACACAAUACAAAGUCAAUGGCUAAACAACGACAUUUUGGUCCAUUAUCGUCCGAAGAGCUCACUCUUGCCGAAUCGCUUAUAUAUCGACAAGUUCAGUACGACAGUUUCCAAGAUGAAUUGGUAAUCAUACGACAUAACGCAACAGCACCAAUCGACAAACAGAAGGAAUUCGAGAAAAGCAGUACAAUUCGUACAUGUUCGGCAUAUUUGGAUGAAAAUGGUGUCAUGCGGGUUAUGGGGCGUAUCGAUGCUUGUCCAUCAGUGCCGGUUUCAAUGAAACGGCCAAUCAUUCUGGACAAACGUCAUCACGUUACGCGUCUCAUUACACAUUUCUACCACAAGAAAUACAAACAUCUGAACCAUCAGACAGUGCUGAACGAAAUGAAACAGAGGUAUUGGAUUCCAAGCCUACGAUCGGUCAUCAAAAACGUAAGAACCGACUGCCAGAAAUGUAAAAACUCAGCUGCACUUCCACAAAUUCCGGAAAUGGCACCAUUACCACCGGAACGGUUGGCCGUUUAUGCACCAGCCUUUACGAAUGUGGGAGUUGACUAUUUCGGUCCGAUAGAGGUGGUUGUUGGCAGAAGUACACAAAAGAGAUGGGGAGUACUCUUCACCUGUUUGACAUCAAGAGCAAUCCAUUUGGAAGUUGCACAUUCGUUGGAUACAAGUUCUUGCAUUAUGGCAGUUCAAAAUUUCAUCGCACAUAGAGGCCAGCCCAGAAAAAUAUUCUCCGACAAUGGAACCAACUUUCAUGGUGCGGAUAAUGAGUUGCGUGAAGAGUUCAAAAAACUGGACCAAAAUCGAAUUCAAGAAGAAUUCACGACAACCGAAAUGUCUUGGGCAUUCAUUCCACCGAAAGCGAGUCAUAUGGGCGGUGCAUGGGAACGAAUGAUUGGAAUUGUCAAGAGGUGCAUGGAUGAUGUCAUCUCCAUAAGAUAUCCGACAGAUGAAGUACUCAACAAUCUGAUGAAGUUGACGAUGAACAUUGUCAAUUCGAGACCACUUACGUACGUUGCGCUGGAUUCACCUACCGACGAAAUUCUCACGCCGAAUCAUUUGCUUUUCGGUUCGUCAAAUGGUAUGAAACCACCUGGAGAUUUUACGAAUGCUGACGCACUUAAAAAUUCAUGGAAAACCGCUCAAGUUAUGGCGGAUAAAUUCUGGCGAGCAUUUGUGCUGCAAUACCUUCCGACACUGGUCAAACGUCCAAAAUGGUUCCAGAAAGUCAAAUCGCUGCAAAUUGAUGACAUCGUGCUGAUCGUGGACGAAAAUUUCAAGCGGAACACUUGGCCGAAGGGUAUUGUUGUGGAAGUAUUCAAAGACAAGGCCGGAACAGUUCGAAGUGGAAAAGUGAGGACUGAUCUCGGAACAUUUCUCACUAGACCCGUGAGCAAAUUGGUACCAUUGGACGUGCGACGUAGUGAGGACUCCAACAACACGAAUUUUGCUGCCCACAACGACAAAGGUGUUAAGCAGAUAGGAUCUAUUCGUUUAUAUCGUUUAUGA